AUGGAGAUUUCCAGGGCUAAAAGCAAAACCGUCACUUUUGGAAAUGGUGGGUGUAGACCCUCAGCCACAGAAGCAUCAGGAGUCAAGCGGUUCCCGCCAAUCAGUUCAAAAAUCAAGGGUCCAGGGCCUGCAAAAUAUGCCAGGAAGCCUUGCACUGGCUUCAUGAAUCAUGACUUCACCAUGUUUGCAGAACCAGCCUACACAAUGCAUAUAAAACACACAGGAAAAACCUUGACUGACGUGGUCAGCCCUGGUCCCUGUUACUUUGUAGACCCCCAUGUCUCCCGAUUUGGGAAGCAGAAGAUACCAUUAUCAGUCAUAUUUGACCGAGAAAGGGAGCCAAAGCCAUCAGGAGUGCCAGCCCCAAAUGCCUACUACAGAGAGAACGUGCACCCGCCAGGAGAGCCUCAUGCACCGGCCUACUCCUUGGGUGUCUACACUUGUUACCAUAAGUAUGACCCCAACCCAGCUCCCAACAGGUAUAACCAUAUGAACGUGUUGGGACCUAAGCUCCCUGUCAAGUCAUCUGCCCCCUGCUACAGCAUGGCCUCCAGACUGGACUCAGGGGGCUAUGCAGAGGACCUCGCUACAGGUCCUGGCCCAGCCUUUGUCAGUAGGCCUGAACCCAAUGUCUACCUGAACCGGCAGCCUGCCUACAGCAUGAGAGAAAAAUAUGAGCCCUACAGAGAGCGCUUGCCUGGACCUGCAGAUUACAAAGCGGAACACAUCACCAUUACCAAGCUCAGAGCCCCAGACUUCAGCUUUGGGAUCCGACACUCCAACUACCUCACACCCUUGAUUGUUGACGUAAAGGAGUGAUCCAUAGCAGUGGCUGGGCCUGUGGGACUCUGAGCCCCAGAGCUGUUUUGCACAUAGGACACCAGUGCAUAUUGCAGCACAUUAACCCCGUGACCGUAGCGCCUGUGGGACCUGAUUCAAGACCCAAUGAAGUUAAUGGAACCUGCUGGAAAGAUUCCUAUGGAUCAUGUUCUUCACUGGACACAUCUCUAUUGCUGGCCUUGUAAUUCACAGCAUGAUAUGACUGUGCUUGCCCGUAGUUAAGUCCCCUUAGCUCUCCCUGAAUAGUUUGCU